UUUGGUUGAGAACAAGUGGGAAUGGCUACUUCUGCUACACCCUUUUAUCUCUUUCCCUCUUCUCUUCCCUAUUUCCCUUCUCACCUCUCUGCACCUCUCCGAUUCCCCUUUUUCUUUUCUUUUACUCUAGGGUUUUCAAUCAUCAUGAUCUCUCAUUUUCUUUAAAAACAACCUUAAAAUAUUAAACCCCACUAAUUAUUAUUAUUAAUAUUCUGAAUUUCACUUUACAUUUUUUACUAUAAUUUUUUUUUUUUUCUCUUUUGGUUUUUUGUGUGUUUUCUCUCUCUCUUUCUAUAGAGCUUUAGCUCGAUCUGUGUAUGGCUGGCUUAGACUUGGGCUCAGCAUCUUCUCGCUUUGUUCAACACCUUAACCUCCAAAGACAACACAACAACGACGAUGAUCAUGAAGAAAACGACCACAACAACAACAAUAUUCCACAAGAGCUCGAGUUGGUCAACCCUAACCCCACUGGUUCAGGCGAUAUUGGGGGUCGCAGACCAAGAGGUCGACCCCCAGGUUCCAAAAACAAGCCAAAACCUCCUGUGAUAAUCACAAGAGAAAGUGCAAACACUCUCCGAGCUCAUAUCUUGGAGGUCACAACCGGCUGCGACGUGUUUGACUCCAUCGCCACCUACGCUCGCAAGCGUCAACGUGGGAUCUGUGUUCUAAGCGGGACGGGGACCGUCACAAACGUAAGUCUCCGGCAACCCUCAGCUUCUGGCGCCGUUGUCACGCUACCAGGCCGUUUCGAGAUACUAUCACUGUCAGGUUCUUUCUUACCACCUCCUGCUCCGCCUGGCGCCACUAGUUUGACCAUAUAUUUGGCUGGAGGACAAGGGCAAGUCGUCGGAGGUAACGUCGCCGGAGCUUUGAUCGCCUCGGGACCCGUAAUCAUCAUUGCUUCGUCGUUCACUAAUGUGGCUUAUGAGAGGUUGCCGUUAGAUGAGCAAGAAGAAUCAUCGCUACAGCAAGAUCAGCAGCAGCAGCAGCAGCAGCAAGUCUCACAAUCCUAUGGUGGUGGUGGAAUUAAUAAUCCAUUUCCGGACCCGUCUUCGGGGCUGCCGUUCUUUAAUCUGCCGCUUAACAUGCCGAAUGGUGGUCAGUUAUCGGGCGAUGGUUGGGCCGGGAACUCGGGUGGACGGCAGCCUUAUUAAUUGACCUAAUUUGGUUCAGGAGAAUUAAGGUUAGGGCAUCCCUUUUAGACCUCAAAAUCUUUGUACAAUUACUAAUCAUCUACUGUGUACUUGCUUGUUUAAUUUGUUGUGCUUGUUAAUGGUUGUGAACUUUGGUUUCUGACUUUCUGAGAUGGAUUUUGAGGUGGAUGUUGAUCUUUUAUGGAUGGAACUUCUUUUUUCUUCUUUAGAA